AAGGGUAUUUUUUACUCCAAAUACAAAUAUGCCUAUACAUUAACACUCUCACACACAUUAGCACUGGGACAGCAUACAGGGACAUAAUGCAGUCUGUGGCAUCUGGCAAUAGAGAUACAUGGGAUGGAUAAAAGCCCUGGACAAGUUCCAACCCGCAGGCACUAUGUUUGACACCCCUGGAUUAUAUCCAAUGGGCCCCUUUGUUCCUCAAGAGCAUUCUCGACAUUCCUCUUUGGGUACCAUAUUUAGCUCAGGUGAGCCGUUCUGGGUGCCACCAUAGACACAAUGACUCAAGAGUAAGUUCAUGCACGCACUGGCAUUUUCCUUUGCGUAGCUAUGGGUGCCAAUGCACACAAGUAGUACCCGAUCCUAGGCGUGUUCAGUUCCUUCCGACAGGAUGGGGUUGCACCACCACCAGACAAGAGCGUUCCUGUGUCAAUGUCCGAACGGACGCCGGGCCUUCCAUUUUCGAAGCCAGGCGCGCAGAUGGAACUCCGGCAAGGAGGACUUCCUCUUUCGGAAAGAAGAGGGGCUGUUGGAACGGCGAGACGCACACAUUCGCAGGCACCCAGGUAGCCCCUCCCUCUUCUCUGCCGUUUCCCCUCCACUCCGGCCCCGCCUCAUUAGGCUGGGGGGGGGGAGGAAGAGAGAUGGAGGGGGCUGUGGACAGCGUGAUGCUGGGAAGAGGAAGCGGGGCAACGCUGCCAGCCUGCGACGGCAGCGCCCGGCGGGGUCACGAACUCUGACCUUUCACAAGAAAACGACAACCCCCCCUUCUCUGCCCCCCCCACAAACAAACAAUAACAGACGACCACUCCGCCCCCUCCUCCUCCUCGCGGGACACUUUUAACCCUCUCGGCGCCACCGUCUCUUUCUCCCGGGGGAGGGGGGGCCGAUCCAGGCCCUGACGGGAGACAGCCGCCGCCGGGUUCUUUUGGCGCCAAAUCCUCAGUUUCUCUAAUGAACGUCCUUCACCAUGACAACCAAUAUGGAGGUGCUGGCUCAGCAGAUAGUGGAAACACAGCAGGUGGCUGAGGUGCAAACUGUACAGACAACAUUAUCUGAAUCUCCAGUGAUGACCAGCCCCUCCCAACGCAUCCAGAUCAUCUCCACAGAUUCCUCUGUAGCUUCACCACAGCGUAUUCAGAUUGUCACAGAUCAGCAAACAGGACAGAAAAUCCAAAUAGUGACUGCGGUGGACUCAUCUGUGUCCCCAAAACAACAGUUUAUAUUGGCUAGUCCAGAUGGAACAGGAACAGGGAAAGUGAUCCUGGCUGCACCUGAGGCUUCUAAUGCCAAGCAACUUAUUUUUACCACAACAGAUAACAUCGUACCAGGAAGAAUACAGAUUGUGACAGACUCUGCCUCUGUGGAACGUUUGUUGGCUAAAACUGAUGUUCAACGACCACAAGUAGUAGAAUAUUGUGUUGUCUGUGGAGACAAAGCAUCAGGUCGUCAUUAUGGUGCUGUCAGUUGUGAGGGAUGCAAAGGCUUCUUUAAAAGGAGCGUGAGGAAAAACCUGACCUAUAGUUGCCGUAGCAACCAGGAUUGUAUCAUCAAUAAACACCAUCGAAAUCGCUGCCAGUUUUGUCGGCUAAAAAAAUGUCUUGAGAUGGGCAUGAAAAUGGAAUCUGUACAAAGUGAAAGGAAGCCUUUUGAUGUGCAGAGGGAGAAACCAACUAAUUGUGCUGCUUCUACAGAAAAAAUAUAUAUCAGAAAGGAUUUGCGAAGUCCUCUAAUAGCAACUCCAACCUUUGUAGCUGAUAAAGAUGGAGCUAGAUCUACUGGUCUUCUUGAUUCAGGGAUGCUUGUAAAUAUUCAGCAGCCGCUAAUACGGGAUGAUGGUACAGUGCUCCUUGCCACAGAUUCCAAGGCUGAGACGAGCCAAGGUGCCUUGGGAACACUAGCAAAUGUUGUAACGUCACUUGCCAGUCUCAAUGAGUCACUUAAUAACGGUGACACUUCUGAAAUUCAGCAAGAAGACCAAUCAGCAAGUGAGAUAACUCGAGCAUUCGAUACUUUGGCUAAAGCACUUACUACAACAGAUGGUGCCACAGCUCAAAAUCUGGCAGAUGGGUUGGAUCCCACAGGAGGUGGAAAUAUUCACGUAAUCAGUAGAGAUCAGUCUACACCAAUAAUUGAAGUUGAAGGACCCUUACUUACAGAUACUCAUGUGACAUUUAAGUUAACAAUGCCUACUCCAAUGCCAGAAUACCUGAAUGUGCAUUACAUUUGUGAGUCAGCAUCCCGAUUACUUUUCCUUUCCAUGCACUGGGCUAGAUCCAUCCCUGCUUUUCAAGCACUAGGGCAGGAUUGUAACACAAGCCUUGUGCGUGCCUGUUGGAAUGAGUUGUUCACUUUAGGCCUAGCUCAGUGCGCACAAGUGAUGAGUCUGUCGACUAUCCUGGCAGCCAUUGUCAACCACCUGCAGAACAGCAUACAGGAAGAUAAUGUGCAAUGUCUACUUGCAGAUAAACUUUCUGGAGACCGAAUAAAGCAAGUGAUGGAACACAUCUGGAAGCUUCAGGAGUUCUGUAACAGCAUGGCUAAGCUCGAUAUUGAUGGAUAUGAAUAUGCUUACCUUAAAGCUAUAGUCCUCUUUAGUCCUGAUCACCCUGGUCUAACAAGUUCUAGCCAGAUAGAAAAAUUUCAAGAAAAAGCUCAAAUGGAAUUACAAGACUAUGUUCAAAAAACCUAUCCAGAAGAUACUUACAGGCUAGCCCGUAUUUUAGUUCGCCUCCCAGCACUUAGACUAAUGAGCUCUAGCAUUACUGAAGAACUCUUUUUUACUGGGCUCAUUGGAAAUGUUCCUAUUGAUAGCAUCAUCCCCUACAUUCUGAAAAUGGAAACAGCAGAAUAUAACGGCCAGAUAACAGGCUCCGCUUCCUAGAAAGGGUCAGCGCAUCUUGACGGAUCUGAAUAACUUUGACUCACUGGUUAAUUGACAUGAUAUGUAUAAAUAUUUCCAAUACGUUGCAUUUUCCUGUUAGUUAUUCUUGUCCAUUUGAAGGCAAGAUAAAAGAAAAAGACUUUGGAAUAAACCUUCUGCAAGAACCCAUUUCUGACAGAAGGAAUAUUAUAAUGUCUUUUGAUGAAAAGGCUAUAGUGAAUUGCUAACAAGCUUGCAAAUAACGCUUUUUAUUUGGAACCUGUUAGUGAGCAGAAAUCCUUUCUAUAAUGUCAAGAUACUAACUGAAAAUUGCUGAACUGAGAAUGUUCUUCUGGAGCCACAGGCAGAGUUCCAUUUGUACAGUGAAGUAUUGCUGUCUCCCUUUCUGUUGGAGUCUUUCAGACCUCCGGAAAAGCUGUUCCUAAGCACGGGAGGGUCCAUUGGAAUGGCAUGCAGUACAAUGCAGAGGACUCCAGCUCUGCGUAGAAGGAAAUCGGCAACAAACCCCCUCCCCCUUGCACAAGCAGCAGUGCCUCCUGCUUGAGCAAUGGGUUCUUUGGAUCCCAGCCAGUGUGUGUAUAUUUUUAAAAAUACCCUGGAAUGAGUAUCCAAAAUUUGCCAGGAUGUAGUGAUAUGAGCACUUUCAAAGCAGACCUGGUGAAACCUGACAUUGCCAUCACCCCUGCUUGAUACAAGCGGGGAAAGAUGAAAAAUAGCAUUUUAACUACAGAUGCAUGAGUGAUUUGUAGAAAAACUUGAUAAGCUGUGGGCGACAAUCAUUUAUGCUAUGAAAUUUCAAUUGUUAUGUGUUUAUUAGUAAUGUGCUUCUUCAAAGCAGAUUUCUAUACUGUUUGAAGUUACAUUUUGCUAAAUUAAUAUAAAUGUUUACAGCAUAAGUGAAACAUAAUGUUUAUGACUCAGCUGUCAGCAUAAUAAAUGCUGUAGAAU